AUGGGCACCAGCAUUGAGCGCAACAACCACCUAGUGCAGAACUGGAAAUGCAUCCUGAUCUGCUGCAUGGCCCUGGAUAACUGCCAGUACGACUUCGACACGGCGGCCAUCGGCGGCUUCCAGGCCAUGGUGGGCUUCCUCCGGGUGUUCGGCUACGCGGACCUGGACUGGCCCAGGGGAUGGAACAUCGUCACGCGGUCGCAUCGGCUCCCUGCCGUCGCCGACCAGCAGUCGCAGCGCCACGACAGCAAGCUAGCCUACCAGAUCCCCCUCGCCGCCCUGUACGCCAUCCCCGCCACCCUCAUCGUCCUCAUCUUCUUCAUCCCCGAUCGCUGGGCCCGGAGUUCUUCGAGGGGGAGUUCACCGGUCUACUCGACGGUGGCGAACCUGGGCGGCAGCAUGGUGGGCAUGUACCGGAUGUACAAGCACCUGGACCGGCUGUCCAUGAUGAUGCUCGGCACCGCCUGCGCGGGACUGUCCAAGUUCGCCUCGGUGCUGGCCUACACCAUUCAGCCCGGCGCACCGCCACUGCCGGCACCGUCACCGCCGCCUUCUCCAUCGUCUACGGGUGCCUGCCCUCGCCAGCGAGCUGCGAGGCUGAGUGUCCUCACUGUGUCGUUGGCCACUGGUGUCAACUACUUUUUCUCAUUAUUCUUAUACUUUUUGCUCCCGGAGAUCAAGGGCCGCUCGCUGGAGGAGAUCGACGAGCUGUUCCAGAACCGCGUGUCCGCCAAGGGCUUCCCAGGGUACGAAUACAUCACGUCCACCCGGGCGCGCGAGAUCGCGAUCCAGGACCUGAAGCUGGACGGGACCAUCCGGGAGGAAAGGGCAGAGAAGGUUGCGGAUGUUUAG